GUGCGCUCGUCACGGGCCUCUUGUGACCGCGACUCGUGCAUUCGUGCACUGAUCAAUUGUACCACCGCCGUUGCAAAGCAAUCGUGCACCAUCGUCCCACCGCCGUUGCAAAUCGAGCUGCGCAGGGCGACCUUCCAUUCCGGACGGGCCUUUGCACGUGUCCAGCGGACGUGCGGGUUCACCGCGAGUUCUGCUCCCUUUCGCUGCAAGUCGCGUGCGGCAGAACCGCACCGCACAGAAAAUUGUUGCAGCCAUGGCCGACGAUGUACGAGCAAGCCGCGACCGCGAAGACUCGCAGCCGCACAUCUACCGCCCCGUGCCGCGCCGGGCGUUUAAUCCUGCGUCCCUCGCGGCGGACGACACACACCCGCUCCCUCACACGCAGCAAAACACAUACCAAGAAGACUCAGAAGAUGCCUCGUCGCCCUCGCACGCCUACGCGCCCCUCACCUCCCGCCGCUCCGACUUCCUCGCCCAGCUCAAUGCCCGCCUACUACGUACAUACCACACCCGCCGCGGCGACGAGACGCCCGAGUCGCCGUCGGACAGCGCCAGCGGGUAUGCGAGCAACCCCGGCGGCGCCCUUGGCGGAGCCCUUGGCGGAGUCCCCAGCGGUCCUGGAGGGACCCUAAGCGGCUUCGCCAGCAGCGCGACACUGCCGCACACGAAAAGCGGGCUGAAUAUGGGGUCCACGCUGUACGGUAUCUACGACGACGUGGGCAGCGUGGCGGAGACGCCGUGGGGUGCUGGGGCGGAGACGCCGGGGCAUGGGGCGAUGGGGUGGCAUGGGGCGGACGGGGAGGGGGAGGGGGACGCGGAUGCGGAGGGCGAGGGGCUGAGCAUGAAGAAAGUGCGGCGCGGGGGCGACACGCACGGCGCCCAGAGAAGCGGAGACGUGCACAGGGGAAGUGCGCAGCGCAGCGCGCAGCGGAGAGCCAGCACAGGGGCCCGCGGCCGCGCGCUCCUCGCCCUCAAGGUCCUGGCGCUUGCGAUCUUCGGCGCGCUGUACGGCACCAUCGUGAGCCAUCUGCACGACACGCGGCACCUGGCUUCGGUCCACGUCGCGGGCGUCGAGCGCGGCGGGUGGGUGUACGUGGCUGCCUGGGGGGCCGCGGGCGUCGUGCUGGGCGGGUUGAUGCCGGUUGUGGAUGCGCUGUGGGGGAGAAGCGGUGGUGAGAACGACGGGCGGGAGGGGAGCGAGAAAGAGGGGGGAGCGCGGGAGGCCGAGGCCGAGGGCGUGCCGCUGAGCGACCAGGUGAACGACGUCGUGAGGAGUGUUGCGGCGUUUGUCGGGAUUGGGUUCGCUAUUCGCCGCCUCCCCUGGCAGUCCACCCUCCAACUCACCCUCACCCUCGCCCUCGUCAACCCCGCCCUCUGGUACAUCCUCGACCGCAGCAAACCGGGCCUCUCCUUCUCGCUCGCCGUCUCCUCCGUCAUCACAACCUGCGUCUUCUUCGUAAACCCGCCUUCACCCGCCUCACCGCUGCCAUCACCCUCGUUCCCAACACCCUCGACAUCGACACCCUUCACACCAGCAGGCGCGGGGAGGCCAGCCAACGCGACGGCCCUGCACAGCCAGGAUCUCUUCGCCGGCGUGAUUACGUACGAGAACCUCGCCGUCGUGACGUGGGUUGGGAGUGUGUUGUUUUGUAGUUGUGUGUGUUUUGGGAAUAUUGGGAGGAGGUUGGCGGUGUGGGAGGGGGGGUGGCGGCGGUCGUGACGAUCUCUUUCGCA